AUGUUGGUCAGUGCAGGUAUGCCAGUGUUCGCCAAAUCUGAAACCUAUUUAUUCACUCCAGAACAGCUGAUCCCCCAAAUUAUCAUCAAUUACCGCAAGCAUGACACAACCGGUCUCCAACCAACCAUGAUGCUGCUCUGGGCCAGUGCAGGAAUACCCCUAGGCGUCUACAACAUAGUGCAAAACUUUCACAUUGCAUUGAAAAUUCAGCCUCAGAUCUUGACCGUGCUAAGUCUACUUACCUGGCUUCAGUGUCAGUACUAUGGGAGAAAGUGGUCGUGGGUAAAGUGCACAGCGGUCAUUGUACCAGUGGCUUUGACCAUGGGUGGUAUUGAGCUCGGACUUGUUUUCGCGCUGUUCAUCGCAAAGAAGCAACAACUUCAGUGGCCAGUCACACUCAUGGCUGUUCUGUCUGCAUGUCUCCUCUCGGCUGGAGUCUUGAGGCAUUAUUGGGACAUAUACAAGGAAAGGACCGUCAGGGGCAUUUCGUUCAUCUUCGUUGCCAUCGAUGCACUGGGCGACCUGACGUCGCUGAUAUCUAUCUUCUUUGAGUCUGAACUGGACAUAUUGGGGAUGGUCAUCUAUGGCUCUGAGCUCGCAUUAUGGCUGGGUAUACUUGCAUGCGGCGGCUACUGUGAGUAA